GAGCUUAUGGGGGCGUUACCUGCUGCUCAGCUGCUCCGAGGAACGAGGGCAAACAGGACCCCAGCGGCGCUUCCCGUUACCUGCGUUUACUACGCGUGCUGAUUGGAGUCGAUCAGCCGCGUUGCCGUUCGCGUGCCUGCAGGAUCGCGAGGCGUCCGUUAAAUAGCCCUCUACGCGAAAGAGAUACAGAGAGAACAAGAGAAGAGGACUAACUGUGGUGUGACUGCGACUUACUACUAAGAUUGUAGCAGAAAAUAAACAUGAACUAGACGCUCUUUUUAUUAAGAAGAACAACACAGGACGCCGGCUCACGUUUAUCACUAGUAUUACUGUUAUUAUUACGAUCUCCUCGGUUGUCGCUCAGGCUGGAGUUGCGCGAGUGAGCUGCGAUGUCAACAAAAAGAUGAAACCCGCCGGGUUGUUAGUUACGCACCGGACGCCCCGCGUGUGAAUGACUGCGUUCGCGAGCGGCUUUGUGCUCCUCAUCAUCGAUCCGGCGGAAGCGCAGACAUUGCCGCGGCACUGAGCGCAGGUGAGCCGGCGGAGAGCGGCCAGGUGCGUCUCCGCGCCGCCUCCCACGGAGAUGUCAGUGACGGCACCAUGUGUGCGGACGGCAGUAGCAGAAGCAGCCGGAGCCCCUCUUCCCGCCUCCUGGCCCCGAUCGCCGCCGCGCUCGCCCUGGCUCUGCUGCUGCACUUCAGCGACUCCGACGUGAGCCUGGCGUCGCUCCUGCUGCGGCUCUUCCUCUACGUGUCCUUCGCGUUGCUCUGCAUCCUCGUGGGCACCUUCGGGCUCCUCGCGCAGAGCGGCGCUCCCGCCGCGAGCCGCUUUGACGCGCCGCGGAGCCGUUGCGCGCACUCGGAGCUGCUCCACAAACUGAUGAUGGGGCGUUUCUCUGCGCAGCUGUCGGACCCGGCGCAGAACAGAAGAGCGGCGAUAUCCCACAAUGUGGAUAAGGCUCUCAAAGAAGUGUUUGACUACAGCUACAGGGACUACAUCCUGUCCUGGUACGUGCCGCUGAGCCGCGACGAGGGUCAGCUCUACCAGCUGCUGUCCGACGACUUCUGGGAGAUGGCCAGGCAGCUGAGUCGGCGGUUGGCCGACGUGGACCUCGUCAGCGUGGUGUGCAUCGACACCGUGAAGACUCUCCACACGCACUUCUGUGACCUUAAGGCAGCCAAUACCAGGCAAGAGGAACUGCCUCGGCCAUUCCCCCUGCACCCCUGCUUGCGGAGUCCCGAAGAGGAGCUGCGAUUCCUGCGCUGCUGCGCACGCCUGCUGGUGCUGAGUCUACUGCCUUCACGUGACGCACGUUCCCACAGCCUACGCGCCGUGUUGGUCGAGGUCAUCUCCACGAAAGUGCUCAGACCCAUGGUGGAGGUGCUCAGUGACCCCGACUACAUCAACCGCAUGCUACUGGCCCAGCUGGAGCUCCGCGAGCAGCUCAGCGAGCACCACAAGAAGGCGUACACUUACGCUCCGUCGUAUGAGGAAUUCAUCAAGCUCAUCAGCAGCAGCUCCGACGUGGACUUCCUCAAACAGCUGAGGUACCAGAUUGUUGUUGAGAUCAUACAAGCGACCACCAUCAGCAGCCUUCCCCAGCUGAAAAAGCAGAAAGACAGCAAGGGGAAGGAAACAGCGGCUAUGAAGGCGGACCUGCUGAGGGCACGCAACAUGAAGCGCUACAUCAACCAGCUCACAGUGGCCAAGAAGCAGUGCGAGAAGCGGAUCCGUUUGCUGGGGGGGCCCAACUAUGACCAACAGGAGGACGGGGCUGCUGAGGAUGGCGAGGGACCACAGAACCAGAAGAUCCUCCAGUUUGAGGAGAUCAUGUCGAACCCAGCCCUCCGGGAACACUUUCGCGUGUACAUGGAAAGAGUGGAUAAGAGAGCGCUCAUCAGCUUCUGGGAACUAGUGGAGAUGCUGAAGAGUGCCAGCAAGAGUGAAGUGCCUCAGCUGGUGGGUGAGAUCUACCAGAACUACUUUGUGGAGAGCCGAGAGAUCCCAGUGGAGAAGGCCUUGUACAAGGAGAUCCAGCAGACGCUGGUGGGAAACAAGGGCACCGACGUGUUCCUCAAGAUCCAGGCAGGCGUUUACGAGACAAUGAAGGAGCGCUACUACCCAUCCUUCCUGGUGAGCGACCUGUACGAGCGGCUGGUGAAGCGGGAGGAGCAGCGGUCCAGCUCACAGUCCAGCAGUGAGGACAAGGAUGAAAUGUGCCAGGCUAUCGAGACUGGGGAGGACGUGCUGGAUGAGGGGAGCAAGGGCAUCAACGAACAGGCCAGCUACGCUGCCAACAAGCUGGGGCAGCUCUAUGAAAAGCUGGAGUACAAGCGCCAGGCUCUGGGCUCCAUCCAGAAUGCACCCAAGCCUGACAAGAAAAUUGUUUCCAAGCUGAAGGAGGAGAUCGGCACCAUGGAGAAAGAGCACAGCGACCUGCAGCUGCACAUCCGUCGUACGGACUGGUGGUGUGAGAACCUGGGCAUGUGGAGGGCCCUGAUCAGCGGGGCUGAGGCUGUGGAGGAGAACGGGGAACAGAUGGCAUUUUAUUCGGUGUCCGUGAGCCUGCAGGAUUCAGGUGAUGCCAAAAGCCGCUGGACAGUCACCAGGAAGCUGCUGGAGUUCCAAGCGCUCCACCGAAAACUAUCAGAGUGUUUCCCAUCCUUGAAGAAAAUCCAGUUGCCCUCUCCUAGCAAACUGCCGUUCAAAUCAAUGGACCAAAAAUUCCUGGACAAGUCGAAAACCCAACUCAACACAUUCUUGCAGAAAAUGUUGACAGACGAGCGCAUGUGCCAGAGCGAGGCCCUGUAUGCUUUCCUGAGCCCCUCACCCGAGCAUCUCAAGGUCAUGGACAUCCAGAAGAAGUCCUCAUUUUCCUUGGCUUCCUUCCUGGAGAGGCUGCCUGGGGACUUCUUCUCACACCAGGAGGAGGAUGCAGAUGACGACAGCGACUUCUCCGACUAUGGGGAUGAGGCGGACGGGAAGAAGGAUGCACUGGCCGAGCCGUUCUUCAUGCUCGUCGGAGAGAUCUUUGAGCUCCGUGGCAUGUUCAAAUGGGUCCGAAAGACACUAAUUGCACUAGUCCAAGUGACAUUUGGGCGAACCAUAAACAAGCAGAUCCGAGACACUGUCAGCUGGAUGUUCGGUGAACCGAUGCUCGUGUAUUACAUCAACGUUUUCCGAGACGCCUUCUGGCCCAAUGGGAAGCUGGCGCCACACAACAAGGUGCGGUCAGAUGCGGAGCGCAGGGCAACCAAAGAGAAAGCUCAGCAGAAGCUGCUGGACAACAUUCCUGAUGCACUCCAGAACCUGGUGGGACAACAGAACGCCAGGUAUGGGAUCAUCAAGAUUUUCAAUGCACUUCAGGAGGCCAGCGCCAACAAGCAUCUCCUCUACGUGCUCAUGGAAAUGCUGCUGAAGGAGCUUUGCCCUGAGAUGAGGGUGGAAACGGACCACACUUGACCAGUGACAUGACUCUCAUCCCCAAACACUAGGAAGAGGAGUACCUGUUAUCCUGCAAAACUGUCAUAGCCCAAUGGGUUGUUAUGUAACAGCAAAAGGAAUGAACACUUUUACUCAGUUCUUUGAUUUUGUUUUUCCUCACUGACACCACUAUCUGAAGAUACAUGACAAUACAGUACUGUAAAGAGCCUUUCAGGUUAUUUUCAAAUCCUCCCCCACCCCUCACCUCCCUGUCCGUUAGCUGGAAGAUAACGAAGAGCCAGCUUAACUGCCAAUAUCAAGCGCAGGAAGCCAAGAUCAGCUUUUCCGACCUUUUUGGUUAUUUAUUGUGAAUAGUUGUGGAAUGAUAAGUGUUGUACAUGUAAAGAAAUGUCCACAGACAGUGUCUGAACAUUGUUUCACUAUUUUG